AUGCCGCCCGUGCCGCGGCUCCCGUGGCGCCUGGCCGCCCCGCUCCUCGCCGCCUUCGUCUCCGUCCCGUUCAUCCUCCCGCUCGCGCUCCCCCUCCUCCGCUCCUCCUCCACCUCGCCGCGGGCGCUCUCCCAACACCACAGCUCCGAUGGCUCCGCCGCCUCGCGUCCCGUCGCCGCCGCUACCGAUGCAGAUUCCAGCUUCUCCACCGCCGCCACCGAUGCAGACUACACCUUUUCCACCGCCGCCGCCGUCUCCCUCUCCACCACCGCCCGAGACCCCGGCGAACGACGACAGGCGGGUGGAGCCGAAACCGGGCGGUGCGACGUGUUCGACGGGGAGUGGGUGCGGGACGAGAGCGCGCCGCUGUACGCGCCGGGGACGUGCCCUACGUGACGAGCGUACUCUGCGCGGUGACGCGGCGACGACGGGUACACACGGUGGCGCUGGGCGCCGCGCCACUGCAGCCUCCCCAGGUUCAACGCGACGGACUUCCUGGCCAGGCUGCGCGGCAAGCGGCUGAUGCUCGUCGGCGACUCCAUGAACCGGAACCAGUUCGAGUCCUUGCUCUGCAUCCUGCGCGAGGCCCUGCCGGACAAGACCCGGAUGUUCGAGACGCACGGGUACAGGAUCAGCAAGGGCCGGGGCUACUUCGUCUUCAAGUUCGCGGAUUACGACUGCACCGUGGAGUUCGUGCGGUCGCAUUUCCUGGUCCGCGAAGGGGUGCGCUUCAACCGGCAGAGGAACUCCAACCCGAUCCUCCAGAUCGACCGCGUCGACAAGACGGCCAACCGGUGGAAGAAGGCCGACGUGCUCGUCUUCAACACCGGACACUGGUGGACGCACGGCAAGACGGCGAGGGGAAAGAACUACCACAAGGAAGGUGACACGCUGUACCCCCACUUCGACUCGGCCGAGGCUUACAGACGAGCCCUCAAGACAUGGGCUCGCUGGAUCGACAAGAACAUGGACCCGGCGAGAAGCGUCGUGUUCUACCGAGGAUACUCCACUGCACAUUUCAGGGGAGGCGAUUGGGAUUCCGGCGGAUCGUGCAACGGCGAGACGGAGCCAACGUUCAAAGGCGCCAUCAUCGACAGCUACCCUCUCAAGAUGAGGAUCGUGGAGGAGGCCAUCGGCCGGAUGCGUUUCCCGGUGCGGCUGCUGAACGUGACGAAGCUGACCAACUUCCGCAGGGAUGGGCACCCGUCGGUGCACGGCAAGGCAGGGGACAAGAAGGUGUCCAAGAGGAAGCAGGAUUGCAGCCACUGGUGCCUCCCUGGCGUGCCGGACGCGUGGAACGAGCUCAUCUACGCCUCUCUUGUCUUGGAACCUAACCCUGUCGCAUGGGAAAAGAGAUGAGAGCAAGCAAAUUUCUUUUUUUAGUAUUUAUUGAACUAGCAACUUAGCAAGACUAUUAAC